CGACUCGGUGUCCAGUGUCGGUUCGAUCGGGACGGAGGAUGUUGGAGAGGGGAUUCGUCAUUGGUUAGGAGUUCCCAGAGGAGGGUCCCGUGGUGGCGGCUCUCCAUAUGGCAGCAGUACCAUCAGCAGCCAAGGGGGGCGCCAGUCUGUGGCUGACACCAUGAGCACCUACAGCUUCCGUUCUUGCGUGGACCCUGAUGACGAGGGCUCUGAGGCUGGAGGUACCAGAGGUCCCGGUCGAGCCCCAUCCUCCUCGGCUCUGUCCGAGCUGCUGGAAGGACUUCGUAAACGUAGAGCCGGUGGCGAAGCAGGAGACGGAGCCGGUAGCGCCGUCUCCCUGCCGAUUUAUCAAACAACCGCAGCCUCAACUCUCAGGCGAAGAGCCUCGGCCCUCUCUCUCGGCCCAGAAGACGCCCAGGAGCCCCGACCUGGCCCCAGCAUCCUAAAACCGUCCUCCCCGCUCAUGCCUCGCGCCGCCAGUGCUCGCUCCGUCGCUGACGCUCAGACGUCUGCUGACACCAAACUCUCCCGCUUCAACUCGAGUGAUUCCGUCUCUUCGCUCCCCUCACUGCCACGCCUCUCCUCCUUGGCGUCCUCCCUCGCUGCUCGCCAUCGCCCUCCCUCCCUGUCCAUCCCAGAGGAGGACCCAGAGCAACCCUUCCGCUCCACGGCGACUCCCAUACAGCGCUCCCCUCAGGCACCGAGGCGGUGCAUGCUGGGGAGUCUGGUCACAGAGGACGGAGGUGAAGUCUCUCUGGGUUCAGAACCUAUGGUCUUCCAAAACCGCCGCCUGACUGGGGAUAACGACGCAGCCUCCGACGUCCUGCCCGCCAUCCGGAGAGCUCAGUCUACCAGCAGCCUGGCCGGCUCGGUCCGAGGAGGCAGGAGGGCGCUGAGUGUCCACUUUGGAGAGCUGCCUCCGUCCUCCCGCAGCAGGAAGGGCUCUGAAACCGAGUCCUCCAGCUCAGGUGGAUCAGGAGGAAGUUCCCAGGGCGGCGGGCCUAGACGCAGGUUUGACAGGCCGCAGGGAGAAAGACUGGAGGCGGAGGGCAGUGAGGGGGGAGACGUGGCUUCAGUCAUGAAGAGAUACCUGAAAAAAGAGAUUGACUAAACCAGAUGAGCAGCCUCUCUGUGUGUCCACAUCCAGCUGUGAGCUUCAGGCUGCAGGCGCUGCAGUCGAGGCUGAAUCAAACACUUCAGAAGUCAACAAGGAUGGUUUUUUUUUGUUAAAGCCACCUGAAAAUACAUCUGUUCACUCCACAAGCACUCAAUCAAAUGUAUUUUCAGAUAUGCACUGUUUGUAUAUGAAUAAAAAAUGAAAUUGACUUUG